AGAAAGUGGGAGGGAAGGAGAAAGAGAGACAGAGUCAAAGUGUAAUUUAUUGUUUCCAGUGAAAAGAGCAAGGCUGCACCCUUUUCUCCUGCCUGAACUCUGAACCACUCAAUGCAUGUCUGAAGUUUUCUCAGACCUCGGGAGCCAUUGAUCGAAGGUCAGGACAGAGAACACAAGGGUGGAAGACAAGAACAGAGAGAGCAGAGGGAUUAAAGAAGAGCCAGAGAGAAAACAGCACUGCGAAGGACCUCCAGGUCAUUACAACCAGACGGCAAAGGGGAGAAAGGUCAACACGGGAGAGUCCGGAACAACUUUUUUAUCCCACUUCUAGAUCUUCUCGGACAAAACCUGACUUUAAUAAAAGUCUGGAGCUGUUUUGUUGUCUGGGAUCAGUUUUUAGACUUAAAGGGUAGUCGGAGGCUGGGGGACGGGGCAGGUCUGUGUAUGAUCCACUCACAGGGCUGCGUGUCUCAGAGAAUAUGGCCAUGGUGAGCGGGGGAUGGGGCAACCCCAACGGGGACACUAAUGGACUGGGGGAGAAGGCUUACCUGAGGAGGGAGGAAGAGGAGGGCUCGCCUCAAGCCGGGAGCAGUGACGUAGACGUCGGGGACGAGGACAAGGCCUGCGUGGUGGACUGUGUGGUCUGCGGGGACAAGUCCAGUGGAAAGCACUAUGGUGUGUUCACCUGCGAGGGCUGCAAGAGCUUCUUUAAAAGGAGCAUCAGAAGAAACCUCAACUAUUCCUGCAGGUCAAAUCGAGAAUGCCAAAUCGACCAGCAUCACCGCAACCAGUGCCAAUACUGUCGUCUGAAGAAAUGUUUCCGUGUAGGAAUGCGCAAAGAAGCAGUCCAGAGAGGACGAAUCCCUCCAUCUCACUCGGGUAUCAGUCCCAACUCCCUGGCUGGUGGAGUUGGAGGUGCAGUGCCAGGUCCCAUUGGGGCAGAUUACUUUAAUGGACAGCCGGUGUCAGAGCUCAUCUCCCAGCUCCUCCGAGCUGAGCCGUACCCCAGCAGCCGCUACGUGAACCCGUACAGUCAGGCCCAGAUGCAGGCAUCUGCCAGCGGAGCUUCCGUCAUGGGUAUCGACAGCAUCUGUGAGCUGGCUGCCCGGCUCCUCUUCAGCACCAUCGAGUGGGCCAGAAACAUCCCAUACUUCCCAGAACUUCCAGUCUCAGAGCAGGUGGCGCUGCUGAGGCUGAGCUGGAGCGAGCUCUUCAUCCUGAACGCAGCUCAGUCUGCUCUGCCUCUACACAUGGCUCCUCUGCUGGCAGCUGCCGGGUUCCACUCAUCUCCCAUGUCUGCUGAGCGAGUGGUGUCCUUCAUGGACCAGGUCAGGAUUUUCCAAGACCAGGUGGACAAGCUGAACAGGCUGCAGGUGGACUCAGCCGAGUACAGCUGCCUCAAGGCCAUUGCACUCUUUUCACCCGAUGCAUGUGGUCUGACAGACCCAGCCCAUGUGGACUCCCUACAGGAGAAGGCCCAGGUGGCCCUAACAGAGUACGAGAGGUUGCAGUACCCCAACCAGCCUCAGCGCUUUGGCCGCUUACUGCUGCGGCUGCCGGCUCUGCGCGCCGUGCCAGCCAACCUCAUCUCCCAACUCUUCUUCAUGCGGCUAGUGGGCAAGACACCCAUCGAGACGCUGAUCCGAGACAUGCAGCUGUCGGGGAGCUCCAUCAGCUGGCCCUACGUACCGGGACAGUGAAGCCAGCUGACUCCAGAGUAAGGCAGACUGAGAUCAGAUUGGGUUGAAUCAGAGCUCACAAAGAUUACAUAUCCGGUACAAACUGAAUGUUAUGAAUACAAACUGAUAGAUAUACACACACACACACACACACACACACACACACAUAUAUGUAUGUAUGUUUGCAGCACUUGUCAGUUUUGCUCUGACCUCCAUCUGAUCUCUCUCUGUCUGAUACUGGAGAAAAACACAGGGCUUUAUUUAAACAUCAGACUCUUAUAUGAGGCCAUGUGCCUGUACUACCUCCUCCCAUAUCAUCCUUAAUGUGACUCAGUUUGAACCCAAGCUCUAAGUGUUUUCCCUCUGCUUUGUUUAAAAUGAAGCCACAGCAGUGGCACUUUUACAGGCAGAGCUUUAUAUCUGGGACAUGUUGUUUAGAUGAGACCUAAGUUCUGUCACGUUUUAUUUGUGGAAUGAAAUCUCAGACUUUGUUACCAAAUGUAUUUGUGUGAAGACUGAAAAGCAUCACCUUGUACAGCAUUAAAACAAAGAAGAGGCAUGGGCAUUGUAUUGCAUAUUAUACUAUGUGACGUACUUUACAUUUAUAUGUUAUGUACCAAAAAAGUUUAACAUUUUAGGAAAUACGCCAAUUUACUUUGUUGCAGAGUUAGAUGAGAAGUAUACUCAUCUGUACAGUAAAUAUGAAGCUACAGCCAGCAGCCAGUUAGCUUAGCUUAGUGGAAAAACAACAUGUUUUACGGGGUUGUGUGCUGGACUAUUGCUUGGUCCGGGACCAGUAACUUUCUGGAGUCUCCACUGGUUGCAACAGCAAGGCAAUUAUCCCCGGUAAACCAGCAAGUUGUCCUUUUUACGCAUUGUUUUUUGUACUGAUUCAACUAAUUAAAUAUAAUUAGCCGUUUCCAGUCUUUAUGCUAAGCUAAACUAGCCAGCCACCAGUUCUAGCUUCAUAUUUACUGUUUCUCUGCAAGAAAGUAAAUAACCGUACUUCACAAAAUGUUAGAGCUAUUCCUUUAAUAUAGUAUAUUAUACAAUAAUGUUCUUGCAACAGGAAGUGUUGAAUGUACUCAAACACACCUGGCUCCUCAGACAGUCACAUCCCACCCAAACAUUAUUACCUCAUGUUUUAUACAUCAACGACAGAUUGUUCAUUGAUGUGCUAAAGAUAAAUAUAAAGGGAUCAAGGUGUCUUUAUCACAGAAACCUUAAAAGCUCAUAUUCCCCUGUAGACCUGUCUGUCCAAUAUGUUUUGAAAUGUAAGAGGACAUAACGUUUGACAUAUCAUUUACAGAACGCUACACUUAGUCAAGUGACAUCUUGUUUUUCUGGUUAAUCUCUGCAAACUGGAGACUUGUGUCCUUUACUUUUAUUAAAGUAGAGGUUGUUCAUUUUAAAUUUCUUUCAGAUUCAUGGUCCCCUUUUAAAAACAGUGUGUUAUAGCACAGGCUAAAGUGGACAGAGGUCACUUUCAGAUCAUUAUGCUUGUGCAAGGUACUCCAAGUGUUGUAAGUGUUGUAAAGUUUAUGGUGUUUGUUGGUACUGAGAUAAAAGGGUACUAUGCAGUCACAUUCAUGAGUGUUAUUGCCAUGAAGUGUGACCAGUGACAGUCAAUGUGACAAAUGUUUUUCUUGCCAAAUUAACUGACUGAAAGAAAAGACAAUGUGGGGAAAAAAGUGUUUUUGGUAAAACUCUUUUGUAUUCCCCAUAAAAAAGACAACAAUUAUACUGUUCUUGAAUCACUUUGUGUUAUUUGUUGGAAUAUAAGGAUAGUGAUUUCACUGUGUAGCUUUGCUUUAUAAAGAAGCAUGUUUCUUUGACCAUGCUAAACCUAACAAAAUGCAAAAGAAGUUCAUACGACUGGUUAUUACGAGAAAUAAAAUAAAAUGUACAUUCUCUCUG